GCGUGCUGCUGCUGCUGAACAGCGACAUUGACUUGGGAGGCGAGUCGUCGACAGUAGGGAAGGUUGCGGUCGUGUCGGAAAGAGGUUGUUGUCUUAGACUCCAAAUUACUCUUUGGCCUCUAAUGAACGCGAACGGAAUAACGGGGAUGAGAAUGUUGCAAGAGAAGAAUUUAAGACAUACAGAAGAAUUUAGACGUUCCCGGCGGUGAAGAGACUGAACUUCACUUGGGGGCGCGCGCACUGACUGAGAUUCUCGGUAAUAAUACGUUACGUUAUGAUCCAUGGAGGCGAACAAUGAUUACAAUGAAUGAAUGAAUGUCAGUCAUGUGCUCGCGCUCGCUGUUCACGGUUAAAAUCUCUUCUUGAGCUUUUCCGCCAGUUUGAGGCGACGACACUCACUCAGGGGAAGGGAAGCGGAAGGCGCGCGACCCUCGGCGACGACACCUCACAUCGAUCGAUGCAGCAGGAGCACGAACAUCUCUUCAAGAUCCUGGUGAUCGGAGACAUCGGCGUGGGCAAAACCUCCAUCAUCAAGCGCUACGUGCACCACGUUUUCUCGCAGCACUACCGCGCCACCAUCGGCGUGGACUUCGCGCUCAAGGUCAUCAACUGGGACCAGAGGACCGUGGUGCGUCUGCAGCUGUGGGACAUCGCCGGGCAGGAGCGCUACGGCAACAUGACCCGCGUGUACUACAGGGAGGCCGUCGGGGCACUGCUCGUCUUUGACGUGACCCGCUCCUCCACCUUUGAGGCGGUGCUCAAGUGGAAGGACGACCUGGAUGCCAAAGUGAGGCUGUCCAACGGCAAACCCGUCCCCGCUGUGCUGCUGGCCAACAAGGCGGACCAGUCGCGCGAAGGCCUCUGCUCUCAGCUGCCCAAGCUGGACUCGUUCUGCAAAGACAACGGCUUCGUAGCCUGGUUCGAGACGUCCGCCAAGGAGAACACCAACAUAGACGCAGCAGCGAGGUGCCUUGUGCAGAACAUCCUGGCCCAUGAAGAGAGCACUGAUGCUGAAGUGGACCCAGAUAUGCUGGUCCUGCCCAGCUUCAACAACAAUGCCAAAGAGAGGGGCAGCUCGGGUUGCGCUGCCUGCUCCACCAUCUGACAGCAGGGCUCCCAAACGGGGACUGCGACAUGAGGGAGGGCCUCAGGGAUUGGGGGGGGAGACAGACAUUGUAUAGGAAGAGUGACUCAUCAUGUGUGCGCUGGAGGGACCAUUUUCAUGGCUCUUCCUGGUUAAUGUAACGAAGAAAGACUCUCAUCCAAGUACAGACGGACUCCUACAGCGCAGAUUCGCCUUCGAGUCUUAGAUAUGUCAUGUGUGGACUGUCUGGCUGCACUGCAGUCUGAGUCCUGCUGCUCAGACUGUGGUUUGAGUGUGAGAUUCAAUAUGUGCGAUGCGGAGGGGAGUCCAUCAGUGAGACAUGUUCCAUUUGUGUGUGCGGCCUCUUCCCUCGGCUUCCUCACUGUAAAUGUGGCAUUUUACCACAUCUUACACGGGGCUACACUGUGAGGAUUUUUUUGUUUAAUACGUAAAGCAAAAUUGGAGCCUCUGUACUUUUUCCAUGUGUAAGAAAUUUGUUUCUGUUCGUUACAUGAGAAGAAAAUAGAAAAAUGUGCAAAGAGGAACAACAGGACACCCUGAAACAAAACCUACAGUCCUUUGCAUUUGUGUUUAAAUAAGCAAGGGUAAGUCAAGAGGUGUCCUCAGUAACGUUUUAACAUUUUUACAGUCAUUCUUGCAUCUGCUUGUUGACUCACCCUUGUGCGUGCGUGCGUCUCUGGUUAGAACUUCUCAGAAUUUUGCUGUCACGAUGACUAUGAUUUUACCUACUUGCUUUUGUCUGUGUGGAACCUUCUUUUGUUGAGCCACAAUAGACAGGCCAAGAGCCAGAAGCUGUCACUAAAAGGUCCAAAUGCUGUCACCUGACAGCUCGUCCCUCCUGCGUUGGAGCUCAACCCGAAGCUGUUACUGAGGCUUUUCGCAGUGUGGCGUUCAUGGGGAUCUUCCUCUAGGUUUGGGCCUCAUGACAGAGCGUGGCUAAUGGGACAGCGGAGGAUCGUGCUGCGUGGCCUCAAAAAUGCAGAAUAAAGUUGUCAGGCUGUAAGGAGAAAGAACCACAGUCGUCUGCUUCCUUUAACAUGGUCGGUACCACAGUCCUGUGUCUCACAUGGGAGGACAGUGUCCCGCCAGCCGCUCUGCAGAGAUUCAGAACCUGUCUCUUCUGUCCAAUGACCCAGUAUUGACCCAGUAACCCACAUGGAGCUUCAGCUGAAUCUUGUGAGAUUUUAAUUGAUGAGGCUGCAAUGCAUUGAAAUCAUGACUAAUUUAAUUUUGAAACAAUGGCAUGUUUUGUUAUUAAUGUACUGGUACAGCUCCAUUAUCAACAUUAUGGAAGUAAAAUCCAUGGUAAAUGUGUAGAAUUUAAAAUUAUAGUGAAGUUCAAGUUGUAAGACUAGCAGAUGCUUCCGUUUACCAAGUUGAUGUCCGAAUUCUGUCAUCGUGUGUGUGCGCGUGUGUGUGCGCGUGUGCGCAGGGACGCUUGAGAAUGUUUUAGAGGCCAGUUGUGUGUUACUUUAUAUCUAGCCUUAUAUUAAU